AUGCAUACUACAAAUGACCACUCUUCUCUUCCUUCGACAACAAUUAUAAUUCAACCACAAACAUCAAGAAUAAAUUUUAAGCGAAAUAAACUUGUUUUUCGUCUCGGUUGGAUAUCAUUUAUACUUGGUUUUUGUGCUUAUGUUAUACAUUAUAUAUCAAUAGAUCGUUUAGCAAAUUUUUCACCAAUUAAUGCUGGAAUUAUCUCAGGUUUUCUUCUUAUAAUUGCUGGUUUAGCAUCGGUUGCUGCUGGAUAUCAAGAGAAAUCAUAUAGAUGUUUUAUACACGCUCAAAUUUGGUCAUUUAUUGCUAAUAUUAUAUUAGCACCGGGUCUUAUUGCAAUUUCAAUUGCUGCAUUAAUUCUCGAUAAUCAAGAUAUACAUCCAAUAUGUCAAACAACUGUAUCAUUACCACGAGGAACAAUUUUUGUAAAUAAUUUAGAAGCUUAUUCAUCGAAUGUUCCAUGUAUGGAAGUAACAAAUUUAUUUAAUUUAACUCAAAUACUUAACACAAUUCAAUUAAUUAUUGGUGUUUUAUGUUUUUUCGUUCAUAUUGUUCUUAUAUCUAUACAACGAAAAGUAAUCGAACAAAUGAAAAUUGAACGAAAUGAUCGUAAUAAAAUUAUUGUUGAUACUGAACCAACCAUCACUUAUACAAAUCAUACAAUAUGUUAUGCUGAUACUCCGCCAAAAUAUGAAGAUCUUCCACCAAGAGAAACUAUAUCUGAAUGA